AUGAAUCCCCCUACUUUCUUUGGCUCCAAAGUGGAAGAAGAUCCACAAAUGUUCGUUGAUGAAGUGUUUAAGGUUCUAGAGGCUAUGGGUGUGUCUUCUCAAGAAAAGGCGGAGUUAGCCGCCUAUCAACUAAAAGAUAUGGCACAAGUGUGGUCGGCUAUGCUAAUCCCAAGCAUGGACAGUUCUCAUCUUAUGGUUCAUUCUGAGCAAAUUGAGGAGCAAAAGCUUAAGAAAGUUGGUAGAGAAUUGAAGAUAUCAAGGGCCGAUGAUGGAAAUUCUUCUAAGGUUAGGGUCAACAAAGGUAAAGUGUCUACCCCCAAGCCUGAAGAAGCAAGAAGUGGUGGUCCUUAUGUUGAGAAGCCUAUUUGUCCAAAGUGUGGUCGAAAACAUAAAGGAAAGUGCCUAGUUAGCACGGGUAAUUGCUAUGGUUGCGGUAAGAAUGGCCACAUGAGGAGGGAUUGCCCUAUGCUAAAGGCUCAAGGAAGGGAAAAUGCUCAAGCACAAGUAAGUGGCCCAAAUCCCGAUGCUCCUAAGAAGAAUCAUUUCUACGCUCUCCAAUCCCGAGGUGAUCAAGAGAGCUCUCCGGAUGUUGUGACUGGUAUGCUACAAGUAUUUUUAAUUAAUGUUUAUGCAUUGUUGGAUCCCAGUGCCACUUAG